AGUGUAGUUGACCGGACAAGCGCGAGGACGUCUUUCGCGGAUUGCGUGUACAAAAAGUGAAAUAGUUAUGUGCGUCAAGUGGUGAAGUAAAAAGGAUCCACUUUCCAGCUAGCCGAACGAAAGUAUCGUUUGGCGAUUGCCAACCAAACCCUUUUUAGUUUGACGUUUUGUUUGGGCAAACUCCACCGCUACUCAGUUUUUAGUAAAUUCUUUGGGUUUUUUCCAAUGUGAGAGUUGCUUUGUUGAAAAUAUUGCAAAAGUUUUGCGCAAAUAGUGUGCCUCGAAAGAGUUUGUGGCAGUGAUUUUUCCAUACGUUGUGUUGAUUAUUACGCCUUCAAGGUGAAAUUAUUAGUGCUAAAAUGAGCUGCUGCGGAAAGACAACCAUUUUUAUCGCGUUUCUAGUACUGGGAGUAUCGCAAAUGUCAUUGGCCCAAACAACGACAGCCGACGCCAGCGACGGAUCACAGCCGUUAGCCGUACGGGAUGACGCAGGGGGCGGAGGAGGUCAGUGCAUAUGGUACGGCGUGUGCAACAACGAAACCGCGCUGACCUCCCAGUACUGCAACUAUAGCGGUCCAGCCAAACCGAUCGAAAGCGGAACACGUGACCUGCUGAAGGUCUGGUGUAAGCAUUUGCUCGUCGAUGAAGACGGCGACGGCAGCAUCGAGACCUGUUGCGAUGCCGAACAGGUACAAAUCCUAAACAACAACGUUAAACUAGCAGCGAACUUCCUAGCUCGUUGUCCCUCGUGUAUGGCGAAUUUGGUAAGGCACAUGUGCGACUUCACCUGUCAUCCGAAACAGUCGACAUUCAUGGAAGUAAAGGCCACGGAGUUUAAUGAAAAUAUCAAAAAAGACUACAUCACCGAAAUUGACCUGCACAUUAUGGAGCGUUACAUAAAUGGAACCUAUGGUUCCUGUAGUCAGGUUGCCGUUCCUUCCAGCGGACAGCUGGCGCUUGAUCUCAUGUGCGGCGAAUGGGGAGCGUCACGCUGCAGCGCCAGAAAAUGGUUCACCUAUAUGGGCACCAAAGAAAACAACUACUACGUACCGUUCCAAAUCAACUACAUCACCCAUCAAACUACCAAUGGCAGUGAGUUCCAACCGUUGGAUCCUCGAGUGGUGCCAUGCAAUGAGAGACUGGAUGAUAAAACGCCAGCCUGCUCGUGCAUCGACUGUGAGGCAUCCUGCCCGCGGCCACCGCCGCCAUCCCCACCAGCCCAACCGUUCAUGAUCUACGGCUUCGAUGGCUAUGCCGUGGUGAUGUUUGUUGUAUUCCUAGUGUGCAGUGGACUCUUCGUGAUUGGCGCAUGUCUCUGCCAAUCCAGUGCAAACGGUGCCGAGCUCCUGGUACCGGGCGACACCUUACGUUCAGACCUGCGUUCGACCGUGGGUCGUCGGCUAGCCGGUGGGCUGUCGAAUAGUGGUGAUCUGGGCACCGACCGCGAAGAUUCGCCCCUUCAAUCGAAGAGAUCGAGUGCCACCUGGGACGGUGAACAGGAACUGCGACCUCAUCCGUCUACUAUCCACGGCGACGAGGAUGGCGAGUCCGGAUACUUCGAGCGACUCGGUGCCAAGACGGAAACCGUGCUGGAAAAGUUUUUCACAAGCUGGGGUACAAUUUGCGCUAACAAUCCGUGGAUCGUACUACUGCUAGGCAUCCUGUUCAUUGUUGCCAUGGGCUUCGGUAUCAUGUUCCUACACGUUACCACUAAUCCGGUAGAACUGUGGGCUUCACCUAACUCACGGUCACGCAUUGAACGAGAGUACUUUGACUCGCACUUUGAGCCCUUCUACCGAAUUGAACAAUUGAUUAUCAAGGCGGAAAAUCUUUCGAACAUCGUUCACAACACUUCGAACGGGGUGAUCGAAUUCGGACCGGUAUUUAACAAACAGUUCCUGUUGGGUGUGUUCGAGUUGCAAGAGGCAAUCAAGAAAGUUGAAUCCAAACUGGAAGACAACACCACAAUCGGUUUAAAAGACAUCUGCUAUGCACCGUUGAGUUCGGCCUACCGGGGACCCAUCGAGACGGAAGAUUGUGUUGUACAAUCGCUUUGGGGCUACUUCCAGGACGAUGAAGACAACUUUAAUGCGGAAGAUGAAGAUCCGCAGGGAUAUCCCAUUAUCUAUCUUGACAAAAUGUUGCAAUGCUUCGGUAAUCCGUACAAUCCAGAUUGUUUGGCCCCGUAUGGCGGUCCAGUUGACCCAGCUAUCGCUCUAGGAGGCAUACCAAAACCGAAAUCGCCCGAAUCGAAACCAGAAUAUGAACGAGCAAAUGCCGUCAUAUUAACGUUCCUUGUCCGGAACUAUCAUGACAAAAGCAAACUUGAAGCUGCUCUAUCGUGGGAGGAAAGCUAUGUGGCAUUUAUGAAAAAUUGGACAAGGGCUAAUAUGAGUAUUGCUUUUACAUCGGAACGAUCGAUUGAAGACGAGUUGCGGCGUGAGUCGCAAUCGGAUGUUUCGACUAUUCUGGUCUCGUACAUAAUUAUGUUUGCCUACAUUGCUGUUUCAUUGGGCCACGUUAACCAGUGGAGAAGGGCAUUGAUUGACUCGAAGAUUACGCUAGGCCUUGGUGGUGUUAUUAUUGUGCUUGCUUCCGUGGUAGCAUCCGUGGGAAUCUUUGGUUACAUCGGUAUUCCUGCCACACUGAUCAUCGUUGAAGUCAUACCGUUCCUAGUGCUCGCCGUCGGUGUGGAUAACAUCUUUAUUCUGGUACAAACACAUCAGCGCGAUACUAAAAAACCCACUGAGACUCACGCAGAACACAUUGGUCGAAUACUCGGUCGAGUGGGGCCUUCCAUUCUUCUGACGGCCGUUAGCGAAAGCUGUUGUUUCUUCCUCGGAGGCCUGUCUGAUAUGCCAGCUGUUCGUGCCUUUGCUCUCUAUGCUGGUAUGGCACUGUUGAUCGAUUUCCUUCUGCAAAUAACGUGCUUUGUGAGUCUGUUGGCAUUGGACACCGCCCGCCAGGCAGACAAUCGGUUGGAUGUGCUAUUCUUCCUCCGCGGAUCCAAGAAAGAUAUGCCGGUUGGAGUCAGCAGCAGCAAAGAAGGCCUUCUGUACAAAUUUUUCAAAAGUAUCUAUGUGCCUUUCAUCAUGAAGAAACCCGUUCGAGUAUUAGUGAUGGUUGUCUUCUUUGGUUGGCUGUGCAGCAGCAUUGCCGUCGCACCCCACAUCGACAUCGGAUUAGAUCAGGAACUAUCAAUGCCCGGUGACAGUUUCGUGCUGAAAUAUUUCCGCUAUCUCGGCCAGUACCUAAGCAUAGGACCUCCGAUGUAUUUUGUAGUUAAAAAAGGACUGAAUUACUCAUUACCCUACGACCAAAAUCUGAUAUGCGGAGGACAGCACUGUAAUCUGGACAGUUUAUCGACACAGGUUUACAUCGCAAGCAAACGGCCAGAGGAAACCUAUAUUGCACGCCCGGCGGCAUCUUGGUUGGACGACUACAUCGAUUGGUCUGCAGCGGAAUCAUGCUGCCGCCAGCAGCCUAAUGGAAGCUUCUGUCCACACGAAUUGACGAGUUGCAACAAAUGCAGCAUUAACUUGACCUCAUGGAACCGCCCAAGCGAGAAAAGCUUCCGCCGGUACGUUUCGUUCUUUUUGCAAGACAACCCGGACGAAAACUGUGCCAAGGCUGGUCAUGCAGCGUAUGGAAAUGCGGUUAAUAUCGUAACUCCGAUGCAGGCUAACUAUAGCGAUGUAGGUGCAUCAUACUUUAUGGCCUAUCAUACGAUCCUGAAAACGUCAUCCGAUUAUUACGAAGCGCUGCGUUCGGCUCAGAAAAUUUCUGCCAACAUAACUAGCACAAUCCACGCUAAGCUGCGGGUGGAAGGUCGUGACGAAGCGGAUAUUCAACAAGUGGAAGUGUUCCCGUACUCGGUGUUUUACGUAUUCUACGAACAGUAUUUGACUAUGUGGCCUGAUACUCUGAAGAGCAUGGGCAUUUCUGUGCUGGCCAUCUUCAUCGUGACAUUCCUGCUGAUGGGUUUCGACAUCCACUCGUCCCUGGUGGUAGUCAUUACCAUUACAAUGAUUGUGAUCAAUAUCGGUGGUUUGAUGUACCACUGGGAUAUUUCGUUGAAUGCCGUCUCUCUAGUGAAUCUGGUUAUGGCAGUCGGUAUCAGUGUGGAAUUUUGCUCCCAUCUGGUGCAUAGUUUCUCGGUGUCCGUAGAGGAAACCCGCGAAAAGCGAUCAGCGGAUGCACUCACCCGAAUGGGUAGUUCGGUUUUCUCUGGCAUCACGCUGACCAAAUUCGGCGGUAUUCUAGUGCUAGGGUUUGCCCAGAGCCAGAUCUUCCAGGUGUUCUAUUUCCGGAUGUACCUGGGAAUCGUGCUGUUCGGUGCUGCCCAUGGUCUCGUGUUCCUUCCGGUGCUGCUGAGUUAUAUCGGCGUGAUGUACCGCAGAAGACGACGUUCCAACGACGACGUCACCCCCCGCAACACCAACCAUGAGAUUGAGAACGAUGAUGAUGAAAACUAUGCGGAGCAGGACCAAGAGUACCACUAUUACGAGCACCAAGAACAGCAGCGACAUCAGCAGUACCAGCAGUACCACCCACAGCAGUCCCAGCAACGUUUCCUGGACCAACCGUCCGGCGAGCAGGCGCAGUGGCAGUACGCCCACAGCAGCCAGCAGCAGCAGCACCAAGCGCGCGUCUUCGUCCAUCCGGAAGCGUAUACAGAACAACUUACCGAACCUCUUCUGCAACCAGCAACCAGCUCGCGAGGCUCCCCAAACCGAUCUGUAGCUAUCGACGGCGCCAGUGAAAAGCAUGUGAUUCUCGACGACAAAUCAGUAGCAGUGCAGUAAACGGAUUACCGCACCAGUAGCAGGAGACUAAGAAAUUGACUGCUAGGUGAUAGGAACGGUAAUAUCUACUAGAAAGUUGUUGAAUCUUGAUGCAUCAAUAAUUUUAUUUUCAUGAUCAAAUAAAAUAAAACUAGCAUCAUGGUUAUUCAGUGUGCAUCACAUUCAUUAAGCGUUCUUCUUUUCACAGAACGUGGGUGCGCGUAUCAAAAACCCUGGCAUGUUCGAUAGCACUCCGGAAACGAAUGACGUUUUUCUUAUACUGAUUACGUAUGUUAGUUGUAAGGUACUAUGGUUAGGAUCUUGUUUUGUACCAAAAAAAGGUGAAAAAGAAAACAAUUCAUUAUAACGGAAAAGCGUUUAAGUUAGACAAACGAAAUGAACAGGAAAAUAUUCUUUUUGAAUAAGCGCUGAUAGAACAACAUCGAAGUUGUACCUCGGGUAAAUCUAAACGAUCAGAUCGUUACGGUAUCAUGGAAGCAGGACAGUACGACAAGAGGAAACACAUAAAAGUAGUUAUAAAUACCAAUGAAACUGUCAAUGUCUAGGAGAUAAUCAAAUGAAAAGGCUAGUUUUUAGUUGUAUAAGAAAGUAAAACUGUAUCCUGGGCUAAAUGUUACUAUAAAACGUACUACGGUUAAACGUUGAAUACAAGGAAACUGUUGUAGCAAAUUAUGUCUAGGCUGCCCUGGAGGUGUACGAGUAGCGAGCGAGUACGAGAGCGUCAGAUUUCUUAGAAAAAAGAAGUUGAAGUUGCGACUGGGUGCUAAAGUGAAUCGCCUUAUUUUCCAGUUCCUGUUUUCAACUUCGGAAUGUAGUAGGUACUGUAGAUAGGUCGGCUUGAGUGGGAUGUGCGUGAAGUAUUAUAAUAAUUGUCGUCAGCUAAUCGGGCUUCUGUAUACGCUUACAUGUGUCUGUAUCAAGGAUAACAACGAGUGUCAAAGUGGAAUGGUUUUGCUUAAAUUCUUUUUUUUUUCAUAUUUCACACGUAAAUUAGGCGAUUUUGUUUUGAAUAUACCAAUAUUUUGAUCUUUAUUUUACCGAAUUCAUACUCAUUAGAAGUUCAUGCUAUUUAUAUCUAGAUUUCUAGAAACCAUUCUGCUUUGAGAAUUCCACCAAACGGGGGCUGAAUAUUUCUCAGACGAGUACACAACAUCUACAUUUUAUAUGUACAAAUUUAAAUUCAGCUAUGAUCACGUUACGUGCAAUGUUCUUUUAGAAGGUAGCCUCGAGGAAUCAAGUUGAUACAAAAUCCUGUAUAUUUUGCGUACUCGCCUUUGUUGCCUUCAGUUGUUAGGGUAUCUUCGACAGACAUAGGUAAAAAUUAUGUAAUUGCUUUAGUUAUGCGUCAGAGUGGUCUAUGUUCUAUGAUAUUCAUCCCUAGUGAAAUAGUCUGUAAUUUAUGACUGCUAAUAAUAGUGUUUUGUUUAGAAAAAGUAUAUGAGAGAUGUAAAAAAUCAUCCAAUCCGGUCCAAUUAUUUUUUUGUUUUAAUUUCCGAGUUACAGUUUGCAUUAGCAAUGGUAAAUAGUGACUAUAGAUCAAUAUUAUAUUAGAUUUUUCUUUUCUCUGCAAGAAAGAAAUAAACUCUUUCUUCGUGAUUCCAUGUAUCGAAAAGUAUUUUAGGCGAUAGGUAGCACACAACUAGUAAUGGGUUUGUAUAUUUUGAAUUACUGAGUAGACCUGGAGAUGGAAAUGUUGUCCCGGGUAAAACAUUAGGAGCAGGUUAUUGAAAAUUUUCUCAAUUAUAUAGUUAUGUUCUUCCAUAACUCUUUUAUUGUUGUGUAAAAACUUUGUGUUUUACUGUUUCAAUUGUAUUAUAGCGUCUAAUAUUUGCGAGGGGUGUCAGCAGAGAAACAAUACUGUUAUUGUAACUUACAACGGAACAGAGAAAAAUAAACUUUCUAAAAGAAGUAAAACUUAUUAGUUCGUUUUUGUUUGAAUUAUUUUCCCUUUUAUUUUUUUUUUUUGGUCGUGCUAACUCUCGAGCAAUCAAUCAGCUUGCACGAAACACUUGAGUGAAAACUAGAACAGAGUAUAAAAUUGCCUAAAUAAGCGAAAGUUUAGUAUAAAUGUUCUUGUUGAUCCGAAAAUAGGUGAAUGACAGGGUUAGGGAAAUAAAAAAAAUAGCUUUGCAUUGAGGUUGAGAGCUAGGAGACACGAUUGCCUUGCAGCACUGAAUCGCAUAGAAAAGGUUAGGAGGAUUCAGGGCAUAUCUCGUUGCCAUUUCUUGCUUACCUGUUUAUCGGUGGAAAUCAUAUUCUCACCUGAUGAAUCUUAUGAUCUCUGGUAUUACUAUCGAAAGAACACCGAGCUUUCCUGUAACAAAAUAAAAGAACGAAACUGUCUUAAUUGUACUGUUGAUCGAUUCGCUGAUCGUUCGACAGCAGAUAUCUACCAAGUUUCACAGAAAAAAAUCAUAAAUGAGGGUUUUAUUUUUCUAAACACAAACAAAACAUAGUGAAUGUUUAUAGACGUAAAAAUUUACGACUAAUUAGGAGCUCGUUUUUAAUGUCAGAAUUCUGAAGCAGGAGAAAGAUAAAUAUUGUGUAUCUGAUAUUAGAAAUUUGUACUAAAAACAAGCACCGAAAGGUCAACGAGAGUAAUUUCUAAUCUGUCUCGUAUAGUGUUAUAUUAUACUGCAUAAUAAA